GUAAUUGCUCGUUCAAUUGCCAUCACGUCGUUUUCGCUUAUUCCUGCACAUUUAAAUUAGUUAAAAUAAAAUACAAUAAAAUAAUAGUAUUUUACUUUUAUUGUAUAACAGAAAAUUUAACUAAUGCUUCGAAAAACGUAAAGUAUUUACUUUUUUCGUAACAAUAAGUGAAAUACGCAGUAGACGAACAAAGCAGCAAAGUGAAGGGAAAAUUAGUGAAAAAUCUUAAUUUUCUUCGGUCUUCUCAACUAUCCAAAGGAAACAUACACCCAUUGACUCCUGUAAGGAUCGUAGCAAUAUCCGGCCAGACAAAAAAAAACUAAAGCAGCAUAAUUUUUACAGCCGCUUUAAUUGAUUGCGAAAAAGUUGGAAUAGUUUUAUUGCAUAGAACUGUAAUAAAGAACUUCGCAUCGAAGCGGAAAAUAUAAAUUGAACUAUUUCAGUGAAAUAGUGUUCAACGACAAAGUUAGAAGCAACGUGGAAAAUACGACUUUUAUUCUAAAAGAAUAGAAGUCAAUUAGCUGAAGAAAAAGGCGUAAAAGAUAGACCCACUUUUCGACGAAACUUUGCCAGAAAAGUAAAUAAAAUGUACGCAGGUGGUUAUGCAGUGAACGGCGGCAGCCCACAUGCCAACUCGAAUGGAUUUUAUGGAGGUGGUGGUGGUGCAGGUGCUGGUCCACGUCCUGAACGUCCCCAUUAUCAGCGAAACACCAUGAAUAAUGGCAACAACGCCGGCAUGCCCUAUGGCGGUGCAUCUGGUUUAUAUGGUGGUGCUCAAAGCACCUAUCGUGGAGGUAACAAUGCUAAUUCAAUGAUGACUAGCGGCGGCCCAAGCUUUUAUGGCAACGGCGUAACUAAUCCUGGUGGUUUCCAAGCUCGUGGUAAAAAUCCAAAUUUCGUACCCCGCCAUCAGAAACCAAACGGUGGUUAUCAACCAAAUAACGGCGGAUAUCAUGGCGGAAUCAAUUUGGGAUUAUUGAGCAAAGAAGAAAGAGCUGAACUACAGCGUGAAAAGGCAAAAAAUCCUGGACGUAAUUUACAAAUACCCCGUUGGGAGAACUUACAACCAUUCAAAAAGAAUUUCUAUGUACCACACCCAAACACACUGAAUAUGAAUGAGCAACAAGUCGUCGAAUUGCGAAAUGAGUUGGAAAUUACUGUAUCAGGUAAUGCUAUACCACAUCCAGUAUCAUCGUUUGAGGAGAGCUCACUACCAGAGUACACCAUUGAAGAAAUGAAGCGUCAAGGCUUCACAAAGCCUACUGCUAUUCAAGCACAAGGAUGGCCGAUUGCACUUACCGGUCGUGACUUGGUGGGCAUCGCACAAACGGGCUCUGGAAAAACAUUGGCAUACAUGUUGCCUGCAAUGGUACAUAUUGCGAAUCAACCACCACUACAACGUGGAGACGGACCAAUAGCGCUUGUAUUGGCACCAACACGUGAAUUAGCACAGCAAAUUCAAUCCGUUGUGCGUGAUUAUGGACACUUGUCUAAACCAGAGAUUCGCCAUACUUGUAUUUUUGGAGGCUCAUCGAAAAUACCGCAAGCGCGUGAUUUAGAAAGGGGUGUUGAAGUCAUUAUUGCUACACCGGGACGUCUGAUAGAUUUCUUGGAAAAUCGUAACACAAAUUUGCAACGUUGCACCUACUUGGUUUUGGAUGAAGCCGAUCGUAUGCUGGAUAUGGGUUUCGAACCACAAAUCCGUAAAAUUAUCGAACAAAUUCGUCCUGAUCGUCAGGUGGUGAUGUGGUCUGCAACUUGGCCUAAGGAAGUGCAGGCUCUCGCCGGAGAUUUCCUAAAAGAUUACAUUUCCAUCAAUAUUGGUUCAAUGAACCUCUCGGCUAAUCACAAUAUUCGUCAAAUGGUUGAAAUUUGCCAGGAAAUGGAGAAACCUCAGCGCAUUGUUAAAUUACUACAAGAAAUUGCACCAACAACAAACAAUGCUGCAAACAAUAAUAACAAGAUUAUUAUUUUUGUCGAAACUAAAAUCAAGGUCGAGGAAAUAUUGCAAAUUAUACGCAACGAAGGUUAUACCGCCACUUCUAUACAUGGUGACAAAUCGCAACCUGAACGCGAUUCAGUGCUGAAAGAUUUCCGCAAUGGAAAAUCAAAUAUUCUCAUUGCCACUGAUGUCGCGUCUCGUGGUCUAGAUGUGGAAGACUUGCAGUAUGUCAUCAAUUACGAUUACCCGAAUUCGUCGGAAAAUUACGUGCAUCGCAUCGGACGCACUGGUCGUUGCCAGCAAUUGGGCACAGCCUAUACAUUCUUUACACCGGACAAUGGCAAGCAGGCACGUGAUUUGAUUUCAGUUUUAGAAGAGGCCGGUCAGGUACCACCACAAGAACUCUUGGAUUUGGCACGUUCAUCGGGUGGUAGUGGUAAUGGACGCGGAAAUAAUAAUCGUCGCUGGCAACAACAGCCAACUCAUCAGCAGCGCAGCAAUCCGUUGAAUUAUCAAGCUGGCAAUGCUAAUGGUGCCUACGUACCGAAACAGAAUCAUUAUCAACAACAGAAUAACAGUAUGUAUCAGCCACAUAACGGUGUCGGCAGUGGUGGUGCUGGUGGCAACUGGAACAAUCGCUCCGGUGUGGUUGGUAGCGGCGCUGGUGGCCAAUACAAUAAUCCCGAUGCCAAUGGCGGUCGCACAUAUCGUCCACGUGCGCCAUUUAAUGCAGGUGGUCCACGUCCUAUGAUGAGCUAUAUGCCACCACAUAUGCAACAAAAUAACGGUUACGUACCACAACAGCAGUAUCGGCCACGUAGUCAGCAAUUCAUUCCACAACAAAAUGGUAAUGUGCCACGUUUUCAGCAAUAUCAAAAACGCGAAUAUAAUCAACAACAACAACACUACGACAAACAGCAGAAUGUAGUUGCCAAUGGCGGCGCUGGUGGUGGUGGUGUGGAACAUCAACCGCAUAACGGUGUUAUGAACGGUGCCACAAUACAACAACAGCAACAGCAGCAACACCAACAGCAAGUAAAUGUUGCUGCAAAUAUUGCAGCUGCAGUGGCUGCUGCUGGUGGUCAAUUGGGCGGUGAGUAUCCCAGCAAUGUAUCGACACCACCGGCUGCAGCUUUAUACGCUGCACCAGCACAAUCGCCACCGACUGCAGCUGCCAAUACUGCGGCUACUUAUAUGUAUGAUGCUAGUGGUGUUUUGGCUGCUGCUGCUGCUGCCGCCGCUGCCAAUCCAUACGGCGGUUUGCCACCAACUGGUUACUAUCCACAUCCACAUCAGUUUGCCGGUGUCGCACCAGCUACCACUGCUGACGUACUGCAACAACAACAACAGCAGCAACAACAACAGCAACAGCAGCAAAGAGCGUAAGUGCAUCAGACGUAUGAAUUAUAUAGCAGUGCGCUUAGCGAACAUAUAAAACAUAUACAUACAUUUCUUCAAUUUUAUCGACUUACAAAUAUUUACUUAUUGAUACUACAUAUAAAAAAAAAAACAAAAAAACAAAAAACAUUCAUAAAUAGUAAUAAUAAUUGAUAAACGGUAACUGUUCGAGGUAUACAUGAAAUACAUAUAUAAAGCCGAUAUGAGCCACUUGGGCAUUCAAACAAGAAUUGAAAACAUAAAACAAGCAAUGAAAGAAACAAUUGAAAACGGUAACGAAUGUGUGGCGUUAUAAUACAUAUGUACGUAUGUAACUUACAUGCAUAUAUAUGUUUAUUUGUAAAAAUGAAGAACAAAAUAAAAGUAUACCCGGUGAACAUAA